GCUUCAAUUGAGUGAAAACAAUGGUGCUAGGGGUUGCCAUGUGGGUGAAACUUACUCCUUCUCUUCAAUUAUAUGAGGCUUCUAAUAGGCUCCGGCUUUUCUUGAUACUUGGAAAAAAAAUUCUAUUUAUUGAUGAUGGAAGAGCAAAACCAAAGAGAGACCGAGACACAGCCUAAAUCAGAGAGUAAAGUGGUGAAGUGGAUUGAAAUAAACAAGCCAUGGAGUCCCCUAGGAACCAUGUAGGCUCCGAGGAGGAGGAAUACAGCAGUUGUGAGUCAGGGUGGACUAUGUACAUAGGAGACGCCAUUCAAGGAAAUGACCAUUCUACUGUUGUUGUUGAUGAUAAUGAUGAUGAUGAGUCACAUGUAAAAUAUGCCGAUGAUGGUUAUGAGAAUGAUGAUGGUGGUAAAGAGAGUGAUGAUUCGAUGACCUCUGAUGCAUCUUCAGGGCCUAGCAAUCACCUUCCAAACAACAUCAACAAACAUGCAGCUAGGAAGAAUGGUUCUAAGCAAGUCUACAUUGAAAAACGCCAACCUAAAGAGAAAACAUUAAGCAAUGAAGGAGAAAAAUCAGAGGUCAAAGCUAGAACAAGAACAAGUGCAGCUAGCCGUGUCCAGAGUAGAGGCAAGGUGAGCAAAACCAAAUGAUACUCAUGAGAAGAAGAUAUAGUGGUUCACAUAGAAUCCAAAUCCUGUAAUGAAGAAAGAUGUUUAAGGUCCCUCACCAAUCCUGUUGUUUGCCUUUAAUAAGCCAUGUGUGUAGGUAGUUGCUUUGUUUUCAUUUGCCGGAAUAUGUUUUUUUUUUUUGUAGAUGCUAUCCCAAAUAAGUUAUCUGCACGGUUCUCCGUUCAACCCUGUUAA